AUGGGAGACUUUACAGGGGCGGAUCUUCGGCACCCGGUGUUCAUCACCCCUCAAUGGGAAAGGGGCACUGCAGGCACUUUGAGCAACGAUGAAGCCGGGGCGGAAAAUUCCGGAGGUGACAGAUCAGGUCUCCAAUUGAAUCGACGCACUACCCUCGGUCAACACCGCACAAGUUCACAGGCCACGCCCACGGAACGCUUCGAGCAAGGAUCGCUGAGGGGCUCCGUAUCAUCAUUCUCGUCGCACCCUCAAUACCACAGAAGGCUAGAUUCGGGUGAUCAUCAGCAUAUCCCAGUUUCAGCGGGCUUGGCGAACAGUUUGAGGCCAUCAGCACAAGGGUUAGCUCAUAGCCCCCAGAGCCGGCGGCGGGAUUCACCUGCAACCGGAAGUUGUGCUAUGCGCUGCGCGAGCUGCAUGGACGGCAGCGCCCACCACCCACAGACUUGCAAUGCAGCUGGCUCGACAGAGCAGAGCCACCGGCUUUCCACCUACGAGAUGUCGCCACAAAAUUUCUCCCACAAUCAUGAGUCCAGCAUGAACUCGGACAUAUCACACCAACGUGGAUUCGACUCGGACCUUUUCAUGCCAACCCCAACCAGAGGCCAUGUAGCUCCAUUGACUCCAUCAGUUUCUGUGGCAUCUCAGUCCUACCUGAGAGACCAAGCAAACGGGCUAGGAUCUCACAUUGAUCACUAUACCGAAGAGGAAGAAGGCUGCGAGCAGGAUACUGCAAAUAACAUUGGCGCGAGGAUAACAAAGGUGGUUGUGAUAUACGUAGAGGAGAGCGAUUAA